AUGACUCAGCAGGCGAUCGACGGCCGAUGGAAGUGCGUUUCUUCCGAGAGAUUCGACGAUUACAUGGCGGCAGUCGGUGUGCCGAUCUUCGUGCGGAUGAUCGCAGCGAACGUGCAAGUGACUUUAGUAAUCAAAGUCGAUGGAAAUCGAUAUCAAUGCCGACAAGAGUCCGCUUUCAACACAACCGAGUUGAAUUUCACCCUCGAUGAGGAAUUCGUCGAGACGACGCCGGACGGCCGCAAAUUCAACACGACGUGCACGCUGGAGGACGGGAAAGUCGUGCAGAGACAGAAAGCGAUCAAUCCAAGUGACAAAGACUCGACGAUCACUCGUUUCAUCGAGAACGAUCGACUCGUGACGAUUCUCGAAUGUGGAGAGGUGAACGCCCGACGGGAGUACGAACGCCAAUCAGAA